AAACCGGUCGUGGAGUGCCUGAAGCUCGAUUUCUGACUUGACAUUAUUUGGUGUCAGCUAUCUCUCUCCGCUCGCUCCCCUAUCUGAAACUUGGUUUUGAAUUUAUCGCUUGUUUCCAUUUUUGCCAAUCGAAUCCUAAGAGACGUCGUCUUCGUGGCUUGGCUGUGAUUGGGACAAACUCCUGGUCAGCGACUUGACUGAAUCAAUCCAGGAUCACGGACUUGCGCUGAUUAGUGGCUAUCUUCCGGUAUCAGUCCCGCGCGCAGAUCCGAGUUCCCUGGCCAUCAAACGUGGCCUGCGUUGUGGGCGAGACGCGCCUAUCUGACUGACUGCUUCCCAGGAAUGCCGAUAGUGAAAGAUGAGUAUAUAUCAGCGUUUAGUCUCCUGUCUCUCUCCCUCUUUCCCCUCCCCUUAUUUUGCCAUCUGCUAGCUUUUCAGGACGAUCGUAAAACAUGGCGACCGCGGAUGAAAAGAAAGACCCUGUUCCCAACGAAGUCGCGACUGAUCAUCCAUCCGACACUGCGGACAAUGCAGACACGGGUGUCUCCGAGCUCAUCAAUGCUUCUGGUCACGUACAGGAACUUGAGCGAAACUUCAGCCUUCUCUCCGCUGCUGGGGUUGGCCUUGUAGUCGGGACCGUAUGGCCUGCUGUCGGAGGGUCGAUCCUCGUCGCCAUCUUCAACGGCGGGCCUCCGGGAGUUAUCUACGAGUUCAUUACAGUUUCAGUUUUCUACUGGAUAGUAGCAGCAUCUUUGGCGGAGUUGGCGUCAGCUAUACCUUCUAGCGCUGGGGUUUAUCAUUGGGCUUCAGUGACUCCGGGUAAGAAAUGGGGUCGCGUCGUUGGGUUCUUUGCCGGAUACUGGAACUGGCUGGCAUGGGUAUUUGGUGCAGGAUCAAUGAGUUUCAUCCUCGCGAACACCUUCGUGCAAAUGUAUGCUCUCGAGCACAGCGACUUCACUGCGAAGCGGUGGCAUGUCUUUGUGACGUAUCUUAUCGUGACAUGGAUCGCCUGCCUAUGCGUUUGUCUGUUCAACAGGGCAAUGCCGUAUUUGAACACCGUAGGCAUCGUUCUCCUGCUGGGCGGUUUCCUGGUCACUAUUAUCGUUGUGGCCGCCAUACCAGGAUCGGGCGACCAUCCGCCACAUGCCUCGUCUAGUUUCGUCUGGAGCGAGUGGAAUGCCGAUAUAGGAUAUCCUAAUGGCUUUGUCUUUGUUGCCGGAAUGUUAAAUGGCGCAUACUCUGUCGGAACGCCCGACGCCGUGAGUCAUAUCGCCGAGGAGGUCCCGUAUCCCAGCAAAAACAUUCCAAUCGCCAUCGGUCUGCAAAUGAGCAUCGGAUUCUUCACUGGAAUCUGCUACAUUAUUGCGAUCAUGUAUGCAAUCAGUGACUACGAUGCUUUGUUCAAUGCACCAUUCCCACUUGCCGAAAUCUAUCGACAGGCCACCGGGUCAGCCGGCGGUGCCAUUGGGUUGCUGUGUCCCUUCCUCUUCUGUAUCGCAACCUGCUUGGUUGGAGUAUACAUCACAGCCGGCAGGACACUAUGGACUCUUGGACGAGACAAAGCAACUCCAUUCCCUCAAUACAUUGGCAGAGUCAACAGGAGGUUGGAAAUGCCUCUCUAUGCUACUCUGCUGUGUGGCUGUCUGGUGACUGUUCUGGGCUGCAUCUAUGUUGGGAGUGCUACAGCUUUCAAUGCAUUCGUGGGCAGCUUCGUGCUGAUGUCUUCCGGAAGCUAUAUCGCAGCAAUCCUGCCUCAUCUUCUGACCGGUCGCAAGAACGUCAAAUUCGGCCCGUUUCACCUGGGGAAAUUCGGUGUGGUGAUGAACACGAUUGCAUGUGGAUACAUGAUCGUGUGGUUCGUGAUCUACUGCUUCCCCUUCGCUCUGCCCACGGACGCAGAGACCAUGAACUAUGCCUGUGUGAUCUGGGGAGGUCUGACCACUUUUGUCACGGCUUGGUGGUUCCUUGGUGCGAGGAAAAGCUAUGAGGGCCCCAAACCCGCCGGAGGAGUCGAGCACGAGGUUGAGCACAUGAGAAGACCUAGUGUGGAGAAGCGAGUUUCAGUGUAGGUGUUUGUACAUGUAGCAGUUAUCUUUUCCCUCUUGCACCGCAAAUUCAAUAGCAAUUAGAAAUAAUU